AUGGUCAAGCUAACUUCAAUUGCUGCUGGUGUCGUUGCUAUUGCUGCUGGUGUCGCCGCUGCUCCCGCAACCACCACUUUAUCUCCAUCCGACGAAAGGGUCAACUUGGUUGAAUUAGGUGUCUACGUUUCUGACAUCAGAGCUCAUUUGGCUGAAUAUUACAUGUUCCAGGCCGCUCACCCAACUGAAACUUAUCCAGUUGAAAUUGCUGAAGCUGUUUUCAACUAUGGCGAUUUCACCACCAUGUUGACCGGCAUUCCUGCAGAACAAGUCACCAGAGUGAUCACUGGUGUACCAUGGUACUCCACCAGAUUGAGACCAGCCAUCUCUAGCGCUCUAUCUGUAGACGGUAUUUAUACCGCUAUUCCAAACUAG